UAUGUGGGUCGGGCACGGGUUGGUACCAAACAUACCCUCACAUUUGAUGCCAAAUCUCACCGUUCAUUUGAAUUGGCUCAGUUACAGUUCCUUCCACCGUUGAGCUUCGGCGUUUUGUCUUCUUCUCAAAGACUCAGCUGCUAUCUGCACCUCCAAUCGAUUGAAUCCGAGCCUCCUCUCACCGCCGACAAGAUGCCCGCACAGAAAAUUGAAACCGGCCACAAUGACAUCAUCCACGACGUGUCCAUGGACUACUACGGAAAGCGUGUGGCAACCGCCUCAUCCGACUCCACCAUAAAGAUCAUCGGACUCGGCCACAACUCCACUUCCCAGCACCUAGCCACCUUAACGGGCCACAUGGGGCCCGUUUGGCAGGUCGCCUGGGCCCACCCGAAAUUUGGCUCUGCCCUCGCCUCAUGCUCGUACGACGGCCGAGUCAUCAUCUGGAAAGAAGUCUCCCCAAACGAGUGGACUCAGUCCCACUCGUUCGACGACCAUAAGUCCUCGGUCAACUCCAUCUCGUGGGCCCCACACGAGCUCGGCCUCUGCCUCGCCUGCGCCUCGUCAGACGGCGACAUCUCUGUCCACACGGCCCGGCCCGAUGGAGGCGGAUGGGACACGGCCCGGAUCGAACGGGCCCACCCAGUCGGGGUGACAUCUGUCACGUGGGCCCCGGCGUUGGGGCUUUUUGGGCCCGACGGGCCGGAGCCCGUUUGGAAGCUGGCGUCGGGCGGGUGUGAUAAUACGGUUCGGGUUUGGAAGAUGGAGAAUGGGAAUUGGAAGAUGGACUGCUUCCCGGCACUACAAAUGCAUGGGGAUUGGGUUAGGGAUGUGUCGUGGGCCCCGAAUUUGGGCCUUCCGAAAUCGACGAUUGCUAGUGGUUCUCAGGAUGGGACGGUUGUGAUAUGGACUGUGGGGAAGGAGGGGGAGAAGUGGGAAGGAAAGGUAUUGAAGGAUUUCAAGGCUCCCGUUUGGAGGGUUUCGUGGUCGUUGACCGGGAAUUUACUGGCCGUGGCCUCUGGUGAGAAAAAAGUUACUCUGUGGAAGGAGGCUGUUGAUGGGGAGUGGGAAGAGGUGACUACAGUUGACCAGUAA